AAGACUAAAUCACAAAUAAGAUCCAGCAUGGCUGCAGGAGGGACAGGCGUAUUCACUUCCUUACGCAAAAAAGGGCACUGCCGGGGGGAGGCGGUCAGUAUGAGCGAGUAAUAAGGCUGCAUGAUAGUGACCCACAGUCGGGGGCACAAGGACAGACGGAAGGCCCCGUGCCAGUAGCAACAGCAGCCGGAUCAGAGGGGGAUGUACAUAGCGGGGCUGUGGGGAGCUGCUGAUGUGUCCGCUGCUGCUCUAUGUCACUGUGCGUGUCACUGCCCCCCCCACGCAUCUCUACUCCAGCUGUCGCACGUAUACUCUAGCGACUGUCGCACGUAUACUCUAGCGAUCUGCCGCUGCUCAGGGAUCCCUACUGCGGGCUCUGCUCCCCACCGACACUGUGAGUAAGCGCAAACCAUGAACUACGUGGGGCAGUUAGCCGGCCAAGUAUUUGUCACUGUGAAAGAGCUGUACCGAGGACUCAACCCUGCCACUCUGUCUGGAUGUAUAGAUGUGAUUGUCAUACGCCAACCCAAUGGCAACCUGCAGUGUUCCCCCUUCCAUGUACGCUUUGGGAAAAUGGGUGUCCUGCGCUCUAGGGAGAAAGUGGUGGAUAUUGAAAUUAAUGGGGAACCUGUGGAUUUGCACAUGAAACUGGGAGACAAUGGGGAAGCGUUUUUUGUAACAGAACAAGAGGAAAAUGAGGGGGACAUCCCAUCUCACCUGGCCACCUCACCCAUCUUGCUCGAAGGAGCUGCACUGAUGAAGUCUCAGCUGAGGAGGAACUCUAUAGACUGGCAAAGGUCUAUGGACUCUUCGGGCCCCUCUCAGCCCUCUAGCAAUAUGCACAUGGCCGCUUCAGGAGCAGAGAACCCUUCCAACUUGUCAAUGAAGAAGAGAAGGAAAAGGAGGAGAAAGUCAAAGGUGGAUAAUAUGAAGAGAGAGGACAACUGUGAUACCAGUGAAGAUGAAGAUAUGUUUACCAUAGACAUGAGCUCUGAUGAGGAAUGUGAGCCGCUGGAAACCUCCAAGUCCAUGUCUCCAAGCAGCUACAGUGAUAUGAACCAAGCUCAGGGCAACCCAUUUGGUAAAGCAGAAGCACAUCCCCACUCGGAUGGCGAGUGGUCACAUUUGCAAAGUCCUCCAGGUUCCCGGCCUGCAACCCCUAAAAGUGAUUCUGAGUUGGUGAGCAAACCUCUGGCGAGAGGGUUAUCCACUAGUGAGCUUCCAAUGCACUGGGCAUGGGGGGAGCUUCCGCAAGCAACAAAGUCGCCUCUGCACAAAACCAAGGAAUCCAGCUCUGUGAGCAUAAACAUGACAGAAAGCACACAUUUUAGGAUCAUCCCAUGCGCCACGAACGUGGGGGCAGGUUCAUCCCCUGAACUUAGAGAGAGCCAGACCAUUUCUUUGGUUCUAGAUGAUGCCAGACAUAAUCAUCCUCCGCCACUUAUUAGUGAGCCUGAUAUUGAAACUCUAGGAGCUGCUGCACCUCCUCUUCCCUUUGAAGAAGAACCAAGUCCCAGAUCCCCUGGUUUGAUUCCAACAGCUGGCAAGACCGAUUCUCCUUCUAAAAAAAAAGAUAAGAGGAGCCGACACCUUGGGGCUGAUGGAGUUUAUUUGGAUGAUAUCACGUGCAUGGAUCCUGAGGUUGCAGCUUUGUAUUUUCCAAAAAGUGGAGAUACAUCAGCCCUAGGCAAGAGCUCAAAUGAAAAUGGGACCCGCUCUGCGAAUCAGUCCCCACAGUCUGUUGGAAGCUCAGGGGUUGACAGCGGAGUAGAAAGCAUCUCAGAUGGCAUAAGGGAUCUGCCUUCCAUUUCAAUAUCACUUUGUGGGGGCCUUACUGACAACAAAGAGAUAACAAAAGAGCGGUUUAUAGAGCAAUCGGUGUCCUAUCAGCAGUUUGUGGACAAUCCCGGCCUCAUUGACGACCCCAAUCUCGUUGUGAAAAUUGGAAACAAGUACUACAACUGGCCGACAGCAGCCCCUCUCCUCCUGGCCAUGCAGGCUUUCCAGAAGCCGCUGCCUAAGUGUUCUUGCUUUGAUUACUUGUGUGCAGUGGUAGAUUCCAUUAGAUUUUGUUUUUCUGGUCUCUGUGGCCAACAGGCAGUAACCAUCGAUACUCUGAUGAGAGACAAGAUGCCGAAGAAAGGGGGACGGUGGUGGUUUUCCUGGAGGGGGAGAAACACAAAUAUAAAAUCAGAAGCAAAGCCAGAUCAAGGCUUGAAUGGAAAUGGACCCUACAGUGGUGGACAACCAGCUGGGACCAGCUUGGAACAUAGAAUCAAAGAUGAAUCAUCGUCGAGCGAUGAAGACCCUAGGGGUGCUAAGCAGAGCAUCGGCUCCCUGCAGUCAAACCAGACUCCUAUUUCAUCGUGCGGCAUCACGUAUAAAAAGACAUUGAGGCUGACCUCUGACCAGCUUAAAAGUCUCAAGCUGAAAAAUGGUCCCAAUGAUGUUGUAUUCAGCGUCACCACUCAAUAUCAAGGCACAUGUCGAUGUGAAGGUACCAUUUACCUCUGGGACUGGGACGAUAAAAUCAUCAUUUCUGAUAUUGAUGGAACCAUCACACGAUCGGACACACUGGGUCAUAUUCUGCCAACACUGGGUAAAGACUGGACUCACCAAGGGAUAGCAAAGCUGUAUCACAAAGUGAGCCAGAACGGCUACAAGUUUCUCUACUGCUCAGCCCGGGCCAUUGGAAUGGCUGAUAUGACUAGAGGCUACCUUCACUGGGUAAAUGAACGUGGGACAGUACUACCUCAGGGACCGGUCCUCUUAAGUCCUAGCAGUUUGUUCUCUGCCUUACACAGGGAAGUGAUUGAAAAAAAGCCUGAAAAAUUUAAGAUUGAGUGUCUGACGGACAUCAAAACUUUAUUCCAGCCCAACGAAGAACCGUUUUAUGCUGCUUUUGGAAACCGAGUCACAGACGUGUAUUCAUACAAAGAGGUCGGUGUUUCGCUAAACCGAAUAUUUACAGUCAAUCCCAAAGGGGAGCUGAUUCAGGAGCACGCGAAGACCAACAUAUCGUCGUAUGUUAGACUCUGCGAGGUGGUGGAUCACAUAUUCCCUUUGCUAAAAAGGAGCAACUCAUGCGAUUUUCCCUGCUCGGAUACCUUCAGUCAUUUCACGUUCUGGAGGGAGCCUUUACCUCCAGUUGAAAACCAAGACAUUCACCCUCCAGCACCUUAAAUAUCCUGCAGCAUUUCAGUGUAAGAAGACCCUCAACCUAUAUGUAUGAUGCUGCAUUCUCCAACUUUUCCUGGACUUUCAAUCAAAUGGCGCCCUUCCAAGAUACUUGAGUGACAUGAAGAUGGAUGUGCUUUUUUUUUUUUUUCUUCAGAUAUUUUGCAAAGGAUUUUAAAAGUACUGAGUAUGGGAUAGGAACCAUACCCGUGAAAUGGUUUAGUGUCUGAAGCUUAUGAUGUGAAUUCUGGAGACUGCAACCCGACUGUAGUGUGCUCUUCUGUUAGAAGUUCAGUUCAUUGGGGAAAAAGGUUUUUCCUCAUUUAAAAUGUAUUCAGCAUUGCAGGAAACCAUAACCAUGAAGGAAUCAGGGCCGACAUGAGUUGUGGCAUGUCUGGAGGCAAAAUAGACCUGACUCUAGAGCAGUGAUACCCAACCAGUACCUGAUGUUGCUCACCAACUCCUUGGAUGGUGCUCCAUGUGACCUCAAAGCAGAUCUUAUUUUUCAGUUCCUGGAUUGGAGACAAGUUUUAGUUGCAUAAAAACUAGGUUUAUUACCAUGCAGACUGUCCUGUAGGAAGUCAGUCCACAUAGAGCUACCAAAUUGUCAAUCACAGCCUUUUUUUUUGGCACACCCCUUUUCAUGCUUGUGUUGCUCCCCAACUCUUUAUUUUUUAAUGUGGCUCAUGGGUUAAAAAAGGUUGGGCACCCCUUCUCUAGACUAACAAGGUACGUCUUAUGGUCCUCCAGCUUUUGGUGGCUGCUGAUAGUUCUGUCACCAUCUUGUCCAUUAUUUAGGCUUCAGGGCAAAUGCCCUAUUUUCGCCCCUAAAACCAGCCUAAUAAAUUAGACAUUAGCAUUCUAGAAGGUGCAAUGUUGAUUCCAGAUAAAAAUAAUUGAGAUAUAGAAUUCUUGUUGCACUGAAUUGGCCAAACCGAUAUAUAAUUGUACUGGAUGGCCAGACAUUGGCCGUAAGGAAUGACUGGAACUCAGUAGAUAAAUAUCUGCAUUUUUGCUCCUGUGUGCCGAAGUACAAAAGUGUUUGAUGAAGACAUAUAUAUCGGUUAAUGAGUACUUUUUGCAUGAUUUUAGGCUUUAGCACCAAAUGGUGCAUUAUUAUUUACUCCAGCGAAAUAUAUAGGCAGCAGUCUCUAGGCAACACACCAAAGACAUGGCAGCUUUCCAUUUCUAACUACAUCUGGGCCUUUAAGCUUGCAGAAAUGGUCUCGGUUACUUUGGUUUCAUCACUGCGCUCCACAAACACAACCAAAAGAGGUUGGAAUCAGUAUGACAGGGAGACUAAUACAGUAUGUCCAAGUAUUGGAACUUGACCUGCCUCAUUCCAGGUGAAAAGAAUGGGAUCUCGAAUGGACUAUUUACUCUUUCUGUGAAAGAAAACGGAUAGGACGCUUACAUAGUAAUGCUGGUUUCUCUUACUCCUAUAGACAAAUAUUUUUUUAUUAAGCAAUAGUUUAAAGAAUAUGCAUUGAGGUGCAAACAGCAUUUGUGGUUUUUUUUUUCAUUGUGUCUUUUCCUUGAAUACACUGAGCUAAUAACUGGGCUAAUGUGAGGAUUAGGAUAUUACUGUAAGAAUUCUGUAAAAUUCAGUUAAGUCAAAUGGUGUUUAUUGUGAACACUGUACAAAGUAACAUACUGCAACGCAAUGGUGCCCAGGUUGUGCCCAUGGAGUCUACUGCAAAAUCAGUUUGUACAUUUAGAACAGUUACAAGAAAUAGGUAGAUACAGAUGAAUUAUGUAGAAAAUGCUUCACAUCAGUGUCGGACUGGCCCACCGGUAUACCAGGAAAACUCCCAGUGGGCCCUCUUGUUUCUAAACAUUUGGCCUAUUUCAUGGUCAUUACCUAUUUCUUUUUGGGGGAAAAUGCUUAAUAAUGGGAGAAUAUUGUUAGCAUAUAUUAAAAACUAGGAGAAUAAAGCGGUUGAGUGAGGAGAGGAGGAAUGAUAGUUUGGAACGGUCCAUUGUCUUAGGUUUUCUAGUGGGCUUACAGUUUUAGGUUUUCUGGUGGGCCCAAGGUCUAAGGCUUUCUGGUGGGCCUCUGGCAUCCCAGUCCCACACUGUUUACAAUUUAGUAUCAUACUGCUCACUGAUAGGAUUUUAAAUAUGGGCGAUAUUUAUAUCUUAUACUGUAUUUAGGUCUGGUUCCAAGCUAGGCACCGGACCUAACAGUGCCCCCCAAAGUAUGGAAUGAUGUCACAUCACAUGCAUGUGACAUCACUUCUGCAAAAAUGUUACUUCCAGAUUUCACUGCAACGGGCCCUGUACCCAUUGCAACCCACCCUCCCCCAGCUAUGCCACAUUUCAGCAGAAAGUCUUCAGCGGUAGCUGGGGGUUUUUUUCUUUGAACUUUUUUCCAAUUAUUUAGUUUUGCCUUCCAAAAUCUGCCAACCCAGACAUGGGCCCUAGGCUGCCUAUAUGUAAAUAUGGCCCUGCUACUGCAUGUACUGUUUGAACAAUGUUGCAGCAGGUAACUACCCAUACAUUUAUUUUAAAUUCUGCACUUUUUUCAAUUAUUCGCAUUAAACAAAACAAAUAUUAGCAUAAAAAAACAGUCCCUAAUUAUACCUGUACCCCAAUCAAUGACUGUCCUGUUUCUGGAGAAGGAAAGGUAGAAUCACUAGGGGUGUAAAGUUGUUAAGCACCCCAAUGAUUUAGGGGGCCUUCACCACCCCAGAUUUUUUCCCCUCUGGUUCGGAAUAAAUAUGUGAGCAGGAGGCAAGAAAAGUUUUCAUGUGCAUCUAAAUGAUGUUCUGCCUGUAGGUACUGCCUAGGUUCUCAGCUUCAGUAGAUGAAGGGGUUCCUGAGACAAUAGAAUUAAAUUGAGGAGCAGCACAGGCAACGUAACCUGGCCAGUGCAUUUUCUAAACAUGAGGAACAUAAGGACAGCAUAGGAAGUAAGUGUCUAGAGCAGUGAUCCCCAACCAGUGGCAGCAACAUGUUUCUCAUCAAUCCCUUGGAUGUUUCUCCCAGUGGCCUCACAGCAGGUGAUUGUUUUUGAAUUCCAGGCUUGGAGGCAAGUUUUGAUUGUAUAAAAACCAGGUGUACUGCUAAACAGAGUCUCCCGUAGGCUGCCAUUCCACAUAGGGGCUACCAAAUAGCCAAUCAAAUCUCUUAUUUUGCACCCCAGGAACAUUUUCAAUGCAUGUGUUGCUCCCCAAGUAUUUUCACAUUUGGGAAACCUGGCCUAGAGCCACCAGUUAUUCUUCCUUUCCUUCUCCUGUAAAGGGAUACUGUCAUGGGAAAACAUAUUUUUUUCAAAACACAUCAGUUAAUAGUGCUGCUCCAGCAGAAUUCUGCACAGAAAUACGUUUGUCAAAAGAGCAAACAGAUUUUUUUAUAUUUACUUUUGAAAUCUGACAUGGGGCUAGACAUAUUGUCAGUUUCCCAGCUGCCCCAGUCAUGUGACUUGUGCUCUGAUAAACUUCAGUAGCGUAAUGAAAGUUUAACCAUUAUCAUUUCAAAAGCAAUAUAGUGCUGGGGCAUUAAACACCAGCUUCAUUGAUACCCUCUCUCCUAUUGAAGGGGAUCUAUCGUUCUAGAUCUCCUCUAAGAAACCCCUCAUAUUUUCUUUUAACCUUUAUGCACUGAGCUUGCCAAGUGGUAGAUCUCUAGAGCUUAGCCUGGGCACCAGAGUCACAAAUGAUUGUUCGGAUGUAUUUGGGGGGGGGGGUGAAUGUGUGUCAUAGGUACUAAAUAAAAUAUAUGCACAUAUAUUUGAUAAUGGAAGCUAAUACCAAUGUGAAUGUAGUAAUUAUAGCAUUAUUACAGAUUAUUAUAAGAAGAUUACAGUAUUCAGUAGAUGUAUUUUAUAGGUAGCCUAUUAGAAAGCAACCUCAGCUGAUCUCAAGUUAUUCCUGUAGGCUUUGGGUGAAGGUAAUGCAUCUAUAACCUAGCGGUGGGCUGAUCCCACUGACAGAUCGUAUAGAUUUAAUAUGUUCCAUAACAUAUAUGUUUCUUUUUUUUCUAAGCUUUCCAUGCACUUAAAUAUUUUGCUUCUUGGAACAAACAAUGCUCACCAUAUCCUCAGUUUAGGAUUCGCUAUACUUCAUCUUGGUUGCCAUCACUGUAUUAAAAUAUCAGUAUUUAUGUCCUGUAUCCAGUCUAGCACUUGAGAAUAACAGUUGUUUGAUGCAUUGAGUAGUAUCCAUAAUGGUGCAAAGCUGGAUAUACUACAGGUUAUUGUAUUAAGCACACACAUAGCUGCAGCUAUUUGCUCUGGUACAGAUCCAACUUAUUGGCACUUAUCUCUGCUCACUGUUCCCUAUGUGCACACGUGCCCCGUUCUUAAUUGUGUGUGGAUGACUGAAAGCAAGGAAUUGUGGCGUGUCCGAUAUGUAAGACUAACGAGUUGCUCCAAUAAAGAACAACGGGUUGCAAACA